ACCACGCCUCAAUUUGAGAUCGAUCGAUCGAUCAGCGGCAGCUCGUGGAGUGUGAGGUAGCUGUAGCUUUGGUUGCACGGCGAUCGAGGUAUAGCGCAACGGCGGCGAGGUUGCCGUCGCGGUUGGCGAGGAGGAAGAGGAGAGGACGGCGUCUGUGUUGGUGGCUGGUGCUGCCAUGCUGCAGGGGGAGGAGAAGAAGGGCGGGAAGGUGAAGAAGGGGUGGCUGGCGGUGCGGGUCGGGGUGGAGGGCGGCGGCGACGAGGGAGCUGGCGGGUUCCGGCGGUUCGUCAUCCCGAUCGCCUACCUCUACCACCCGCUGUUCCAGCGCCUGCUGGAGGCGGCGCGGGACGCCUACGGCUACGACGCGGCGGGCCCGCUCCGGCUGCCGUGCUCCGUCGACGAGUUCCUCCGCCUCCGCUCGCUGGUGGAGCGGGAGACGCAGGCGGCCGGCGGCGGCGGGGGGUCGUCGUCGUCGUCGCCGCACCGCGUCCACGCCAGUGGCGGGUCGCAGCACCACCACUACUCCUUCUCCCCGUGCACCCGCGCCAAAGUUAGCUCCUGAUCGAGCUCCUGGCUUUCGUGCGCGCGCGCAUGGUGAGUCGGCGGCUGCGAGAAGAGCGCGCGGGCGGAGUCGAUCUGCCGGCGAGGACGCCCCGCGUGUAUAGUUGAUUAGCAGAGGCAGUACUACACGAGAGGAGAGACAGGAGCUAGCUAGCUGAUAGCUGAUUAGUCCGGGUUUUCUCAUGAUUUUGGUCUUGGUUCCGCUUACUUUCUUCUUCUUUCUUUGAUCGAUCUUUGUGUAGAUAGAAUUGACAGAUCGGUCGAUGUAUAAUUAUCAGUUGAACUCACAGUUUCACAGUACACAGUUCUUCUCUUCA